AUGGAUCCAAGUGGGUGUAGGGAGAUGAGGCCCUUGAGCAUCGGAUACCUCGAAUUCCUCUACACCUGCCGUUGGACCGCCUCUGGCCAAACUGUGAAAAUUUCCUAUAUUCCGUUCACGUCGCCGGAUGACGUUUUUGCCGUUUCAAUUCGAGUUUUGGAGUGGACAAGCCCUUUUCCAACCUACCUGCUCCCCGCUUCACCAAGCGACGAUAAUGAACUACAAUUGAUCAUGAUGAAUCGGGAUGAAAUUCUCUCCAUCGUCCCGCUGAUGCCACAUCCGAUCACUGAUUCGGCAUUCCCCAGUGUCAAUUUGUACGUACAGCUGCUGGAUGCGAUGGACGAUUUUUCGAUCGCUUUCUAUGCGGGCUCAGAUACGGAUAAUGACGAGAAUUUACUCGUGCAAUUUGGCAACGGCGACUUCUCGUUGGAAUUGCUCAUCUACAACGAGGCCCGGCAAAGAUUUAUUCGCCCAUCUCUGCUGACCAGCCCGUUAUACCCGUGGAAAUUUGACAAUUCAGAGCUAAUUGAUUUUUGUUUUGAGGACUCGGCGGAAUAUUUCCGCCUGGAGCAGGUGACUGUACAGAUAUUUCGUCUUGAAGGUGGAACGAUCGAGAUCAGGGGUGAUAAUGAUGAAUUGAUUGGAAACUACUCCCGUCUGGACUUGGGCAAGAAUAUACAACUGCUGCUCAGGGAUCUGAAGAUCCGCUACUGCCCGAAUCCAACGUCUACUAGUCGGCGAGGAUUUCUGGUAACACUUUCGACAGCACCUUAUGGCCCUUCGAACGUCCCGUGUACACUGACUUUUCCGUCGAAUCGAAAUGCCUCGAUGGUGAUGGUUCCGGAACAGUAUACGAUCAAUAUGGAUGACUACGAUCUCAUUUGCGUCACGAUCCCAAAAGAGUCUCCGAUGCCGUUGACCAUCGAGACACGAUUCUGCGACAGCACCCAGAAGCAUCAAUUCGAGCUGGGAUAUAUGACGCACAAUGUGACCGAGUGUGGCUCCAGUUUCAAUUUAUCUAUCGGCGAUGAUCCAUUAUAUUGCUGUAUCCUCACUAGCACACUAUCCCCUGAAGAAGUGUUGGGAUUCCGUACUAUUGGGAAUGGACUACCACGGCCUAGUCUCUUCUUUCAAAUUUUGGAAUAUGGUCCAGCCAACACCACCAUCGUGACGCUCAAUUUUAACCAUACAUCUGGAAUUGAAAAAUUUACGGUACCCGAAAAUGCGGAUAAUGAGACGCUAGUGUUCUUCUCGCAUCGCACGGAUACGGCCUAUGCCAAUAUGGGAUGUCCACAAUUGAUCGUCUACGGGAAUCGUCGGAAUGCACCUUGUGACUACGGACUCUACGCCGGGGCGUUGGGAAGGCACUUGGCAACCUUUAGUGACCAUGAAGCGGUAUUUCCGCAACUUGUCACAUCCGAGACGUAUUCGAUCAAGAUACCGCCGUCCUGCUCUCCGACGAUAGCACUGCGGCUGGCUACCGAUUCUCCCAAUGGAGUCCACCUGCCCGGGUACGGUAUAGCCACCGUAACCGCUCCAGGUUACGGGGAUCCGAUGCACUCGCGAUAUUACGGUAUUAUGGAGAUAAAGUGUUCGUGGAAUAAUGCGCACGGCGAGAAGUUUUUCUUAAAGCUGGAGGUGGUAGAAGUUCUGACUGGUAGGUUGAUGAUCAGUAUCUCUGAUGGAACGGCUACUGGAAGCACCGAGCUCUCCUUCGACACAUCGUACACCAAAAACGGCACUUGGUGGAGCUUUGAAAGUCCGGCGUGCAUAAAUAUAAGUUGGACAAACUCUCUGCUAAUCCCACUCGGAGUACCGACUGGAUUCUUGGCACAUUUCGAAUUUGCUCGACGCCGGGAUGUUAGUGUACAAGAACUGCCGUCACCACCAAGUCUCGAGCUGGAAAUGCGUGUCACUAUUUGCAUCAUCUAU